AUGGCAGAUUUUAGGGCAUCUGUGGGUACCGCAAGAAAGAAGCUCGUUGCAGACACGGCCGCACGACACAACCGUCUGGUAGCACAUCGCGUUCUUGAUCUCGACAUGUUUCGAGCACUGGCAGUGCUUUGUCACCCGCUCCGUGCACCGCGGACACUCCUUGUCGUCCUCGUGGCAGUUGUGGAUCUCUGGCCGGUGUCCGCAUUUCGUGGGCCGCUGGCACUGGUUCAGGCAUACGGGGAGCUUGGUUCCGCACCGCACAGGAGCGGCGACGACGGUCUGGCCGCAAUGGCACACGAGGUCCUCGGACGAGGACUCCAGACAGGGCCGACAGGGGCCCAGAUGGCAGGUCAUCUGGCAGUAGUGUUUGCCGCACGAGAGCAGCUUGCCGCACUCUCGCGUGCACACGUGCACCGCCUCGAUCGUCAUCUGGUCGGCCGCGGUGCGCGCGUCGAUCGUAUUCUUCCUGAUUCCCUUGAGUCUGUUCCGCUCGCGCACAGCAGCCACCGGCUCGUACUCGCAGCAGACUUCCAUGCAUCUGUGGCGACGGCAGCUCAUCAGAGCCUGGCACUUGUGGUUGCACGCGGGAACGUAGCCUUGCUGCGCCAGUUUACAAGCCACCGAGAACUGAGUGUAGUUGCAACGACACUUGGAGUCCACCACCGCGUAGCACGGCGCACACUCUCCUUCGUGGCACGGCCAGUAGCACGUGUGGCCACAGUCCAGCUUCUUGCCGCAAAUCUCGCCGCAGGUCGCCACUGGGUCCAAGCAGGACGUUCUUGGAGAAGCGAGCUGGUCCAGUCUAUGCUUUCCGCAUGGACAGUGGCUCAGCAGGCCUGGCGAACGAGGACACUUGUGGCCGUUGGGCGUCUUCGCAUGACACGGUUCGGUGCACCUGUGGUUCCCGCAGUCCAACAAGUCGUCGCAGACCUCGUCGCACUGGAAACAGCCCGUCCACUGGGCAGCUGCCGUGAGAGAACGCAGGGGAGCACGCUCAUGGCACUUGAGCGAAGCAGUGUGUUUUCCGCAGUAGCACCGGCCGGUGAUGGGUUCUUCGCAGGGACCGCACAGACCGGCGUGGCAGUUCCGGCCGCACCUGUGCAAAUUGCACGGCAUCAGGUCGUCGCAGGGCCGGGAGCACGACCACCCCGUCUUGUAGGGAGUCAACACGCAGGGGAGCUGCCGCUCGGCAGCUCCACAGCUGCACUUCAUCACGGGCCCCAUGGCCGUGCACUUCUUGAUAUGCGGUCCCGGGUGGCAAGGAAGAGAGCAGCCGUGGACGCAGUCGGGCAGCGGCGAGUUGCAGGUCUGGCCACAGGAAUGGGGCUCGAACUCGUUUUCCGGCGGGUUGAGCACCUUGCCACACCAGCACGUGUACUGUUUCGGGAGCUUGAAAUGGGUGUUGUUGCACGAAGGACAUCGCCAGGAACGGUCUUUCGCGGUGGAUGA